UACCCAAACCCCAGUCCACCAUUCACUGUGUAACCGUUACCAGGAAAUGACGUUACCUAGCUACUAGCAGCGUUGUCUGUUAGUGAGCGCUGGCGACCUGGCGUAGUUUCCGGUGGUUUUAAUAUUUGUCAAGAGAAAUGGGCAGAGUAGGACGUUUGACCUGUAUACAACAGAAACGUUAAAACCUGUGCGCUGCGGUUCGACAGGUUCUGUGUUGGGGAAGGCUGCCAUGUUCACCUCUAGUGAACUGGAAGGGGAAGUGGACCACUCCUUUUUUGACAGUGAUGGGGACAGUGGAAGAAAUGUUGGAGAGAAAAGAGAGAAGGACUUGAAGAUGAAAAAGCAAAUUCCAAGCACACUUCAGAGAGAAUCUGUAAAACUCUCUGGACAUCUCGCUGUUGAUCUACACUCAAGGACUGAGAAGACAAAGAGACACUUGAAGGAAGUGGAAAACAAGAGUGGCAACAAAACUGAUGCAUUAUCAAUUUCUUUUAGACAGGAUGAACCUAUACAUGAAGGCAAAGAUGAGUUAAAUCUGCACUCUAAAAGAGCCAGUGGAGCAUUUCUGACUAUGACAGCCGACAUUCAAAGUGAUGGGGACAACCAGAGGCAGAAUGACACGAGAAUAAGUGCCUUAGCUUUCCCAGCUAGCUCAAAUGAGCAAAUGCCUAGAAAACUGGUCAAAAAUCAGCAUCCCAAAAAUUCUCCUCCCACUUCAAAUGAAGCCAGCACCGAUGCAGAUUCAGAGAGUUCUUUCAGCAGUCAGAGAGGUUUUUUAAAUUCCUCUAACCUCUCCAAACCCACCGAGUCUUUUGUACGCCGUAAAACAAGAGGGACCAGACGAGGCUCAGCUGAAUCUCAGGAUUUGCCUAACAUGAGCACAGAUGAGUCAGAUGGGUCAGUGACAGAUGUGAGUCCCCUCUCUUCUCCUGAUUCUGGCUCACUCCAGUCAUUAAGUUCAGAGGCUGUGAAAGAAGGUCAUAAAGCGCAGCGGGAGCCGAAAACUCUCCCCUCCGGUGCCUUCAGCAACGUUCGUCAAGCGGUGGACUCAAAUCCAGAUGUGGAUGAGUGUUCAUCUGGAUUAGAAAGCCAUCUUGAACAGAAAAUGGUGCUCCAGAUUUCUGGAGGGUUUGUUCGGAAGAAUUUCUCAUUUACCGACAAUGAGGUCCGCCGCAUUGAUUAUGAGAACAAGCGUCUCCUUCAGGCACUGUCAAAUAUUUCAUCAAGGUCCAGAGCAGAAAAAUUGCCAAAAAAGAAUGCUUCUGUGUCCAGAGGCGCUUCAGUGGCUUUUUACCCACAUAGUGCACAAAACAGGGACCGACAACAGCGCCGCAUUCAGCAGGAGAACCUGGUUCUCCUAAAGAAACUGCAGUCCACCCAAGCCACACCUGGACUAAGGCGCGCCGAACAACUAGCAGAUCACCAGCGGCGUACCUCAAUGCCCAGCUACAGGGCCUUUAGUGGUGGGUCCAGCAGAUUAUCCUGCGGUACAGCAGAGUUCAUUCAAGGUUCUCUUUAAAAUGCUUUGUUUUAGAAAGAGUUUGCUUCUUAUAUGAUCUCACCUUGUGAAAGUAUUCCUUCCAUUUGAACUUUCAUUAGCAUUUCAUACAUUAAUUGCAUUUACAGCAGCAAGUCUUUUGAGGUCCUUACCAGCUUUGUAGAUCAAGAGGACACAACUUGUCAGUUAUGUUUUUUUUUUUAGUAAAAGCAAAGUCAGAUUGGAUGGUUUGGACUUGGAUCUGAACUUUGACUGGGUUCUUUUAAAACAUGGAUAUGCUCUCCAGCAGAGGUCCUUAAAGGAUAGUAUCCUGGGACUGUUCAACACACCUUAAACAAUACGUUUAUUAGUUGUCGUCUGCGGUACAUCACUGUGUGCAGUCUAAAAGUUCAAAGAAUGGAGUUUGACACCUGUGCUGUAAACCAUUCCACUGCUGCUCUAACUGUUUCUCACUCUGACUUUUUCCUGUCGGAAAUAUUCACAGAAGCUUGUAUUUGUACAGAGUUUCAACAGAGAUGGUCUCUGUUUAUUGGAUAAGGGAUUUAAGACAGUUGGUUGUAUUGGAUUGUACUUAUCAGAUUAACAGAGGUCUGAACCAAGACGGACAUCUCGGUGUUUAAAUUUGUUUUGUAAAAAAAAAAAAUAUUUUUCAGAUUUUUUCCACUUCAUAAUUAGGCAGUAUUUUAUGUUGGUGUUUGACACAUUGACGUUUGGUCAUAAUAUAAAAAUAAAAAAUACCUUCAAGAAUAAUUCAUAUUUUGUGAAUAUUAAUUAUUCAAGAAAUAAUUAAUAGUUAUUAUUAAUUAUUCAAUAAUUAUUACGUGGUUUUAUGAAGACCAAGUAAAGUACUGCAGAAAAUAUGAUGUGAAGGUUUAGCUCAGACUUCAUCACUGUCGAGGUAAAUUUGCCCCAUUAAACUGCUGCAUUGGAUCUAUAUAUAUAUCCCUGCCUUCAGAACUCUGUAUUUACUUUGAAGUACUCUAGUGCUGAUUUUCAAUCAAAGAAAAAGAGGAUCAGCGUGUGGUAGUGAGCAGCAGUUCUCUUAAACUUAUGCUGCAGCCCAGUUGUUGCACUACUGGGCUGCAGCUUCCAGACGGCUGCAGAGAUUAAACUAACCCAGAAAACAGAGCAGUUUGGAGCAGCUGCAAGCUCUUAUUGGGAAUCACUUGUUCAUUUAUAUGUAAAUUGCUUAAUCUUUCUGUUUCCAUCAUUUCAUAGCUUUUUAAUUUCAGCUAUGUUUUUUUUUUUUUUUUUUACUAUGGUGCGAAAAAUCUAUACUUUAGUUGUAAUAAUAAAAUGAGUUAGCAAAGCCUGUGUGCUAAAUGACUCGCUUGUUACAAAACAAUUGCUGUUUGUGUGUGAGCUACCUAAGGGAAUUCCUCUUGUUUUCCUCUCAGCGUUUAUAAGACCAAGGCCAGUCGCCUCCAGUGCAGCCCUCAUUAACACCUACACCAAUAGGACAUCUGUUCCUGGGUCAAGUACAAGAAGUAGUAGCAGGCCAAGCUGGCGUUAAGAUCUCUGCUAAUAAAGUCAUUUCUUUCCUUUACAGCACAUAACUGUCACUUUUUGAUGUUGAUUAAUUUGUACAGUGCAAAGCUUAGAACAUAUUUAUGCUUUUAUUAUUAUUUCAUGUAAUUUACUCAUGCUGCUCUGUUUGGUUUCUGCUCUUCAACUAUUUAGCAGUUUAUGUUUUGAUAUCAAAGCCAUUUGUGAAUAACUACACUUACUUUAACCUUUUAAUUCAGUCAGAAAUCUUGGCUUUAAAAUGUUAAUUGGUGCUGUGGUUUGACAUUGUCCGCUGAGUAAUCUUUAAACACAAAAGUGCAAAUAUGUUUUGGUAUUUGUUACUGUAUUCACCUGUGUGUGAUUUGUGAUCUAAUAAAACAUUGUUUUAAACCAGAAAAA